ACAUACAUGAACACUACAAAUACGCUUUGCAGUAUGGCUUGCAUUUGUGGCAAAAAGUGUUCAUUGUUCUGUUUGGUGAUUAGCAUCUGGGCCACAAUUCAGAUGCUGCUGAUGGGCAUCGCAUAUACAACGAAUUCACUAACAUUCAUACAUUCUCUGCCGCUGGCCGAGCACUAUGGCAGCUUGGAAGAGUAUCGCUCGGAGGCGGAUCGGUUAUAUGGAAUGCUUGCACUCCGCUGCUAUGUGACUGCCUUUUUAUAUGGCUGCAUAGCUUUGAUUUCCUAUGUCUGCCUCGGUCUACGCAAGCGCAAGCAAAAGUCGGAAAUGAAUGAAGAUCGAAAGAUGCAUAUAGGCUGAUAUUCAAAAUACAUAUUAUAGAUGUCAUAAAGCAUAAUGCGUUUAACAGUUA